UUGAACCCACCAAAACAUGUCGAAGAUGACGAAACACUGAGAAAUGAACGAAGAUCUGGAGUAAGAGAGAGCUAGCUACUAAACAUGGAUGCUGCUACCGAAUCACAAACGGAUCCUAUUUCUCUUGAAACCCGACCCGGAAUAUUCAUCAUCGGAUCCUCCACCGUCGGAAAACGCACCCUCUUAUCCCGAUUGCUCGCCGUUGAUUCUGAAGAUGCUUUUGAUUCGGCGUCUGAACUAAAUGUGCAUGGGUGGACUAUUAACACCAAGUACUAUACUGCUGAUGUUGCUGUUUGGAUGGCUCAUCUUCAUGAUGAAUUUUCUGUUGAGAAUGUACCCGCGUUUCAACAAAUGACUGCGUUGGUGAUGGUCUUUGACAUGAAUGAUUUAUCUUCCCUAACUGCUCUUCAAGGUUGGGUAGCACACACUGAUAUCCAAAAUUUUGAGAUAUUACUAUGUAUUGGAAACAAAGUGGACCUGGUUCCAGAUCAUCCAGUUCAUGCUGAAUACAGAAGACGGUUGUUAAAACAUGAAGACUCUGCUGUGGAUCUUUAUUCUGAAUUCUCUGAGUAUGGAAUAUCUGAAACUGAAGGAACUAGUUUAUUGGGUAGUGAAGAACCGUCCUGGGACAUCAGAAAGUCGUGUUUGGAAUGGUGUGCUGAGCACAAUAUUGAGUUCGUUGAGGCUUGUGCUUCCAACGCUGAUUUCGAUAAAUGCUUGUCUGUAGACGGUGAUUUACAAGGAGUUGAACGCAUCUAUGGUGCACUUUCCGCCCAUAUGUGGCCUGGGAUGGUAUUGAAAUCCGGUGAAAGGAUAAACCAACCAUCGUUUCCUGAGAUAGAAGAGAUGUCAUCGGAAGAAUCUGACUAUGAACAAGAGUAUGAAGUUUUAUCAGAUGGCACAGCGGACGCCUGGGAUGAAACUGAACAAGGAUGGAUUUCUGCAACUCCCUUAGAUGCAGGGGGGCCAUCAGUUUCACAAAACAAUACCGACACAUCUUGUGAGCAUGACGAUGCAAAUAAAUCUGAUAAAGAGCUCCGGCCCACAAACUCAAGAACAGCGUUUCAGGAUGAGGGUAACAUGGCUGUGACGCACAACAUUGUAGAUUCCGAGGGAGAUGGGAAGUUAGACGACAAUGAAUGUCUUGACUUGGAGAAUUUGGAACAGUUGAUGUCUGAGAUUGGGAAUAUGCGCUCAGGCUUAAGAUUGAUGCCCGAUUUUCAAAGAAGGGAAAUGGCGGCAAAGUUGGCUAUGAAAAUGGCUUCCUUAUUUGGAGGUGAAAGUGAUGAUGGGGAAAUUUAGUUUAUAUUAUUAAUUCUAUGAGAUUCAGUUGUAAUUGAAAGGAUGCAUUGAGGAAUGUAUUCUUAGUACUUUAAACCAGUUAUCAUAUUGAGGGUAUGAGAAACAGAUCUGUUGCUCAAGGAUGAUGCUGAUCAUGAUCCAAGUUACUCCUGUUUUUUCAUACACUGUUCAAUAGCCCUAUUUUGUGAGCAGAACUUUUUUUAAAAAAUUCUAAAUCUAAUAUGUUUAGGCAGGUUCAUGGUACCGAACUUGGUGGUUGUGGUGUGUACAAAAUUGACAGGUUAUGAUGUGGGUGCAUGUGGCAAUUUUUAGUGUUGAAAUUGAUGGAAAAGUGUACUUAAAGUCAAAGUGUUUUAACUACGUGGACAAAAUGACAGUCACAGUGGAUGAUUAGUUUUUUCUGUAGGAAUAACUAGGCUUAGGUAUCUUCACUCUUUUGUUCAGGGAAGGUAUCUUUACUUAUAGCCCUUCAAUUAUUAUUAUUACUAUUAUAGAAUAAAAAGAUCGAAGUAUAUUUGA